AUGGUACCUGCUUCGAAAGACCCGGGAAUGGUGCCGAGUACACCAGGGAAGGUGCCACCUGCCAUAAAAGCCAACACAACUGCAAUCGAUGAAGAAGUGACAGUGACACCUGCUCAAUUGCCUUCAACAUUGUCGACUCUCGCGGCUACAGAGGCAGCGUCUUCAUUCGUUACAGCACCUGCCUCAGAAGACCCGCGAAUGGGGCCGAGUACAACCAUGAAGGUGCCGCGUGCCAUAAAAACCACCACGCCCACUAUCAGUGAAGAAGUGACAGUGACACCUGCUCAGUUGCCUUCAAAAUCAUCGACUCUCGCGGUUAAAGAGGCAGCAUCGUCAACCGUAUCAGUACCUUCCUCGAAUGGCCCGCGAAUGGUGCCGAGUACAACCGAGAAGGUGCCGCCUGCCGUGAAAACCACCACGCCCGCUAUCGGUGAAGAAGUGACAGUGACACCUGCUCAGUUGCCUUCAAAAUCAUCGACUCUCGCGGUUACAGAGGCAGCGUCGUUAUCCGUAUCAGUACCUUCCUCGAAUGACCCGCGAAUGGUGCCGAGUACAACCGAGAAGGUGCCGCUUGCCGUGAAAACCAGCACGCCUGCUAUCGGUGAAGAAGUGACAAUGACACCUGCUCAGUUGCCUUCAGAGUUAUCGACUCUCGCAGCUACAGAGGCAGCGACGAAAAAGAGUACCGAUAAAAUCUGCAGAGAAGACAAUGAAAAUGCCCUGAUGCCGCACGAGUCCGAUUGCACCAAAUACUAUCACUGCGCGAAUUCUAAACCACACCUCCAGAACUGUGCCCGGGGAACUGUGUUCGACAUUGAGCGGCAGAUAUGCAACUGGCCGGCGAUGACAAACCGACCCGAAUGCAAGGAACGGAAGGAAAAUAGGAGG